AAAUGGUUCCAUUUUAUUGGCAAUAAAAACAAAGUGAAAAAGUUCAAAGUUCAUACAAGAACAAACUGUUAUUGUCAAGUACAAAUAAUCAUAAAGGGCCACAGAUCUUUGUGAUUUACACCAAUGAGGCUGUGUCACCGUCAUCGUGAGACUCAGGUGUGUUGGAUUCAUACAAAUAUAGUAUUUUAGUAAAAGCAUGAUGUGAAGGUUUCCAUCUCUGGAUUAAAGCAGCAUUUGUAACAAACGGUGACCAGCACAGUGCAGCAGAUGGAGUCUUUCACAUUCAUCAUCCACACGUGAGCUCAGAUAAAAGUCCCGCUGGGAGCAGAGGGAGAGAUGUGGGAGGACUUUCUUUGCCUGGCCUCUCUUUCUCCCUCCUUUCCCUUCAGUCCCGCCUGUUAUUCAUUCCCAGGCUGCUGCUAACAAAGCCCGGAGGAAAAGCACAUCACUGGGAAUUCCUUCGUGAUAAUUCCUCUGACAGCAGAUGUUAAAACGCACAGGGGGAGACCCACAUCCUGUCCCGGCUCCCAGUGUGGCUCGGCUCGUGUUGUGUCUGUCUGGGUCUAUUUGUGAACCUUGGUGUGUACUGUGUUAAAUGGGGCCGGGGGCCCCUCUCUAAUCCUGCUCAGGUCGGCAGCGAGGGGCCGCUCUCCAGUCCAUCGAUCGCUUUCUUCGCAGGGUCCUUUAACAGCCCUCAGGCAUUAAUCCAGCAUGUACCUCUGUCUGGAUCGAUAGCAGACAAAAGCCCCACAGGAGGCUGUCUGGAUCUGAGUUCUCGAUUUACCUGCACGCCCUCAUCAUCAGGAUGAAUGCGGCUGCUCUUCCUCACUUCCUGUCAUAUAUCUCCGUCUCCAGGGCCGCAUGCUCUGAUUAUGACCGACGUUUCUAAUGAUGAGCUCGGUAACCCCUAAACUCUCAGUUUAACUUUUUCUACUCAUGGGUCUGAAUGAUGUCAAGACAGGAUAUCAAGCCCCGCCCAUCUGCUGCUUGAAGCUUCUGUUUCUAAGGGGCCAGCCAAUCAGAAGAAAGCUGUCUUAAGGCGGGAGGAGCUGUGAACCAUUCAUCCAGCAGAGACUGAGAAUAAACUCUGAGCAGAACUCGUGGCCUUUGACAGUGAUGGCGACGGAGGAUGGCGCUGCUGACCAUUUUAUUCGGAAAAACAAAAGGACUUGUUGGGUUUUAAUGCGUGUCUGUUCAUUGUCCUGAUACUGUAGGAUUAGGUUAGUGUUACUUACAGGAUUAAAAGCAUGAAGGCUGAAAUCAGUUCAGUCACACUUCACUUUGGGCCACAUGUUAAGUGUUAGCUUGUAGCUUGUAGCUGUGGCUGUUGGCUCUUCAUUAGCCAUUAGACAGCACCUAAUGCCUCGUUUCUACAUGACGCACAGUAUCCUCAGUAUCCUAUCUUAAUGGUUUGCUUUGUUAAAUAAAGGUUGCACUGACUCACUGCGCCAUCUUGUGGUACAAACUGGUAUUAACUGGAAAGAAGGUGCAGCCCAGCCCUACUUCACAUUCAGCUGAUAUCUCUUCAACAACACAAAGGUUUGGACAUGAAGUCACAGCUGAUGUGUGUGGAUAAUGAUGAGAAACGACUGGAACCGUGAGAAAAAUGAACUCUUAAAAGAACUCUCAGACAUUUUUACAUUUUACAGUUUUUUCAUUUGAGUUUUUCUAAAGUGUAACCUAAACUCUGACUUUAACCUUCUGGAUCUGGUGGAUGUUUAGUGAUUACUGCAUGAAUCAGAAGAGAGCUAUAUCACCUCCACAGACAAACACCAUCCUGAACGCCACCCCCCAGCAUCCCGUCUGCAGCCUCGGCCUCCACCGGCCUGGAGCUGGGAGUCUGGUCUCGCUCCGCUGGCUGCCUAGAAGCCCCCUAACAGGAUUAAAGGAGCGUUCUCAGCGGCGUCCGUCAGCCUCUCUAAUCUGCUGGACGGCUUUAGGAGGAGAAGCCUCGUCACUCGGACUCUGCCUGAUGAUAAACACGGAGCUGGUCCUAACGUCGGCUCAGGCUGGAGAUGUGACGUGGAGUGAAUGGCCCCUCCUACUGCAGGUAUGACUGUGGAGGAUCCGAUGGGCAGGUGGGGGUCCAGUCCUGUGGAGGAGGUCAAGUUAAUCCCUGAGCCUGCGCUGGAUGAAGAGCUCCACAGCAGCAGCCAGGAAGUGAUGUGCUAUCACGCAGACACGCCCACUGUGGAGUGUGCAGCCAUCACAGACAGUGAGGAGCAGUUUUGCAGGAUCUGCCACGAAGGCCAGGCGUCAGGAGAGCUGCUGUCCCCCUGCGAGUGCUCCGGCAGCCUGGCCUCGGUGCACCGGAGCUGCCUGGAACAGUGGCUCACCGCCUCCGACAGCGGCCACUGCGAGCUCUGCCAUCACCAGUUUGUGCUGGAGCGUGUGCCAAAGCCUCUGACUGAGUGGUGGUGCUCUCCAGCCAUGCAGCAGCAGAGGAGGACGUUGUGCAGCGAUGCGGCCUGUUUCCUGUUCAUCACGCCGCUCGCGUCGCUGUCGGGCUGGCUGUGUGUUCAAGGAGCCAUGGAGCUCUACUACACCAAUGGGACGGAGGCCCUGGGACUCCUGGUGCUCACUCUGGCUCUCAUCAUCAUCUAUGUGUUCUGGACUGUGGUUUCUGUGCACUACCACAUGCAUCUCUUCAAAACCUGGAAGAAGACUGACCAGAGAGUUCGACUGUGGGUUCCUGUGUCAGAACAAACGCCUCCUAACCAGCAGGUGGCGCCCAUAAACUUCCUCAGCAAAGCCAUCAACAAGGAAACGAUGGUGUAGGUGGAAGUCUGCACAGCUCAAAGGACUGAGCUCAUGACCCCAUGGACUUUUAAACCACACAUUUCAUUGUUUCUUCCCCCCAAAAAAGAGUCAAUGACUCCUUUUAUUUUCCUCUGUACUUUUAUUAUCCUCUCUGUGUUUUGGUGUUGGUGGUAAUGGCAUAGGGGGGGCACUGGAGCAGAUCAAAACUGCUUUGUAGUUAAACGCCCUCCACAAAACUACAGCGGUUAGCCUUGGUAUAAUGUCCACAUCUUCAUUGUUAAACAGGUGGCAGGAAACGCUGAACAAUGUAAAGUUGCCUUUAACGUCAGCAGAGGCUCCAGCAGUUAUUCAGUCCCACAGAUUCCCAACUUACAUCUUUUAAUGGCCACCAGGGGGCGAUACCUGUGGUUAGUGGUCAGUCUAUGGACUCAGGUACUCAUUUCAGGUCACAUAUAAUAAAACAAGUUCAUUUUGUAAAUUUGUCAUUCUAGGAGAGGAUUAUGCUCAUUGGUCAGUGAUUACGAUGACAACAAAUGCUCAGCUGGAGGCUUCAAAACAUCCUCAGCCUGUUACGUCUGUGCUCGAUAACUAUUCGUCUCUGUGAAAGCGGCCUACUUUAGUUUGAGACGUGCUGAAUGGAUGCAUCCCGACUGAAAUGCAGGUGAUUACACAGAGAAGCAGCUGGAACAGCAGCGCAGCUUUCAGAGUUAGUGAAAUAAAAAAUUUUUUUUUUUUUUUUUUUUUUUUUUUAAAAAGUGCGUGAGUAAGCACCACGACUCAAGACCAUUACAAAAUACACGAUUAGUGUGGUCGUGCGUGCUCCAUCAUCCAGGUAAAUCCCAGACGGUGGAUUCUGUUCAUCUGGACGUUUUUAGUGGCAGAAAUGUUUCGUCACUCAUCCAGGUGACUUCUUCAGUCUCAAGCCCGUUACCAUGACAACCACUCCAGUCUAGCCUGUAGAUUUAAAGGGGGGGGGGGGUCUACUCCAUGAUUAUGUUUACUAGUAUCCGAGUACAGGAAUCCAUUUCUAACACUGUGUGCAAUAAAGAAUAAGACAAAUACAUGAUACUAAUUAUGAGACAUUAGCCUUAAAGAUAACACUACCCAACAGAAUUACCCAAGCUCACACGUCACCAACAACUCCUGAGUCACGACUUUUAAACCAAUGUUUGGUCGAACCCACCCAACCUGCAGCCCUACGGCUUUUACCCAGAAGCUGAGUUAUGAAAAUACCCCAGCACUUUAGGGUGUGGUUCCCCUGCAGGAUCUCUGCAGGCUGCUGGAAAUAAGCACAAGUUGUAUUUGUUUAGAAACUUUUAGCUUUAUUUAUUACACUUCAACAAAAAUUAAAAUCAGAGCUCCUGUUGUGAAGCUAGAGCGAUGAAACAUGAGGGACACUGGUGCUGUAAGGCAGGUGAGAUCAUCUAAUGUCACUGUCCUACUGUAAAUACAACUACUGGAGCCAGAAA